CUGGAGUGGUAGCUGGUCCCCACGUCCCUCCACCCUUCCCCACCCUCCCCGCUUUCCUCUCCUCCCUCGCUCCAGCCCCGCUGCUCUUCCUCCCUCCCUUCCCCCCUCCACCCCGGGCCGGCUUCCCACCUGGCCCAGGCCAGCUGUGCCGGCGUCACCCUGAGCCCGGCCCCGCGGCCAGCCUUCUGCGGGCCCCGCUGCGAUGGAGCUGUCCCUGCCGGAACCCGCGUCGGGCUCGGCUCUCAGUCCUGCUGGCGUGCGCGGUGGCGCCGACCGUCCGGGCCACCUCCCCGGCCUCCGGCUGGGAGCUCAUAGCUUCCAGGGUUCCCCGGAGCGCGCUGCCGCCUCUUCGCCGGUUACCACCCUCACCCAGACCAUGCACGACCUCGCAGUGCUCGGCAGCGAGACCCCAAAGAGUCAGGUAGGCAGCCUGCUCACAUGCCUAUCCCUGUCCCGCCGCCGGGCGUCUGAAUCCUCCCUGUCGUCUGAGUCCUCUGAAUCUUCUGAUGCAGGUCUCUGCAUGGAUUCUCCCAGCCCCAUGGACCCCCAGAUGGCAGAGCAGAUGUUUGAACAGGCCAUCCAGGCAGCCAGCCGGGUCAUUCGAAAUGAGCAGUUUGCCAUCCGACGCUUCCAGUCUCUGCCAGUGAGGCUUCUGGGCCACAGCCCUGUGCUACGGAACAUCACCAACUCCCAAGCACCAGGCAGCUGGAGGAAGAGUGAGGCAUGCAGCCAAGCUGCCCACAGCUCUGGGGAGGACAAAGAGAAUGUGCGCUUCCAGAAGGCUGGAGUGGGAGCAUUUCAGGGGAAGAAGAGGGUGUGCUGGGGUGUUGCUGUGGCGCUUGAUAAUGCCCCCUCUCCACCCCGAUCUUGCCCACAGGAUGGAUUUGUCUUCAAGAUGCCAUGGAAGCCCACACAGCCCACCCACACCCAGGCUCUGGCAGAGUGGGCCAGCCGCAGAGAAGCCUUUGCCCAGAGACCAAGCUCUGCCCCCAACCUACUGUGUCUCACCCCAGAGCGGAAAAUGGAGGUAGAGGAGCUGAGUCCCCUGGCCCCAUGUCCCUUCUCCCUGACCCCCACCAAGGGGGCUACCGAGGAAGAUGAUGGGUUUGUGGACAUCCUGGAGAGUGACUUAAAGGACGAUGACUCGGUCCCCCCAGGCAUGGAGAGCCUCAUUAGCGCCCCACUGGUCAAGACCUCAGGAAAGGAAGAGGAGCAGGACCUCAUCAUGUACAGCAAGUGCCAGCGGCUCUUCCGCUCACCGUCCAUGCCCUGUGGCGUGAUCCGGCCCAUCCUCAAGAGGCUGGAGCGGCCCCAGGACAGGGACUGGCCCAUUCAGAGCAAGCGGAGGAGGAGUGUGACCCCUCCCGAGGAGCACUGUGAGGCCGAGGAACAUAAGGCCCGUGUCCUCCGUUCAAAGUCCUUGUGUCACAAUGAGAUUGAGAACAUCCUGGACAGUGACCACCGAGAACUGAUUGGCGAUUACUCCAAGGCCUUCCUCCUACAGACUGUGGAUGGAAAACACCAAGACCUCAAGUACAUCGCACCAGAAACGAUGGUGGCCCUGCUGACAGGCAAGUUCAGCAACAUCGUGGAGAGGUUUGUGAUUGUGGACUGCAGAUACCCCUAUGAGUAUGAAGGAGGGCAUAUCAAGACGGCUGUGAACCUGCCCCUGGAACGGGAUGCUGAGACCUUUCUGCUACAGAGCCCCAUCAUGCCUUGCAGCUUGGACAAGAGAAUCAUCCUCAUUUUCCACUGUGAAUUCUCAUCUGAGCGGGGGCCCCGCAUGUGCCGUUUCAUCAGGGAACGAGACAGAGCUGCCAACGACUACCCCAGCCUCUACUAUCCCGAGAUGUAUAUCCUCAAAGGCGGCUACAAGGACUUCUUCCCACAGCAUCCGACCUUCUGUGAGCCCCAGGACUACCGGCCCAUGAAUCACGAGGCCUUCAAGGAGGAGCUGAAGACCUUCCGCCUCAAGACGCGCAGCUGGGCUGGAGAGCGGAGUCGGCGGGAGCUCUGCAGCCGCCUGCAGGACCAGUGAAGGGCCAGUCACAGUCCUGCCUAUGUUCCUUGCCUCAUGUGGCCUGGGCACCAGCCACCUAGGGGCCUGCAGGGCUCAGGGGUUGUGGAGGCCCCCCAGUGCUGUCCAGGGGAAAGAUAGUGAGGGUGUCUUAUCUGUCUGCCCCCAGCUCUGGUCCCCUUGUCUCACUCCAGUCACACUCCAUGUCCUGGUGCCACCUCCUGCCCCAGCCCAGCCCCUGGUCACAUGGUGAAACUGGAUUAAGUCCAGCUCAGAGGAAGUAUUUUGUGUCCAACC